AUGUUACAAAAAACCAUUGCAGCCAAUGCCUGUAGUAUUACCUUACCCGAAGAUGUAAAGGGGUUUGCCCCAGUCCUUUUGACACGCACCCCUUCCGACAGUGAUUACGAAUUAUUUAAACCCACUGGUAAAACAACUAAAUUACCCAAUGGAACUAAACUUUUGUUGGCCUGUACCGGUUCGAAAAAUGUGAUUGUCUCUGAAAAGAAGAGUACAUUGGAAUUGACGUGUUCGGGAAACAAAUUUGUUGAUGGCAAUAACAAUGAAUAUGAUCUUAAGGAUUUGGUAUGUAAAUCCAUACCCAGCCCCAGUUUGAGAGUAACCGAUGAAGGAUGCUCACAAAAUCGUGGUGUAAUACAUCAACCUGGUUUUGAGGUCAACAAGAAAUUCUAUGGUCCAGUAUUUGAGAUAUGCUACAAUGAUGAUGAUGAGCAUACCUGGUAUACACAUAAUACCAUUAAUGAUGCCAUUUCGGAAAGUACACGCCGUGCGUUCAGUGCCAAAGGCAUGAAAUAUUCAACCAAAAAAACAAAUGAAUACUACACCCAAGCCAAUCAAGUGGAAUUAUUCAAGAAAUUGUUCGGCUCGAAACAAACCUAUAUUGAUGGUUCCGAUUACUUUGCCCGUGGCCAUUUGACACCAGAUGCUGAUUUCGUUUUUGGCUAUGAACAAUUGGCCACAUAUUUCUAUACAAAUGUUGCACCCGAAUAUCAACUAAUCAAUGCUGGCAAUUGGUUACGUGUUGAAGAAUUGGCUCGUUCCGUUGCUGCCUCGUAUGGUGAUGAUUUGGAGACGUAUAACGGAUAUUUGGGUCAAUUGCAAUUGGCAAAGAACAACGGUCAGUUGGUUGAUAUUUUCUUGGAUGAUCCCAGCGAUGAGGGUAUUGUCUUUGUAACGGUAAAUAAUCCAUUUGCUGCCGAUGGUGAAGCUGAAGAGAUUUGUGAAAAUGUCUGCGAUCAGGCCGAUUUGAAACAUGAUAAUUUCCCAACAUUAUCGAAGGGUUAUACGUUCUGUUGCCGUUUGGAUGAAUUCAAAUUGCGCUUUGAUGGUCUACCUGAAGAUGUUGAGGCUGGCAAAUUGAUGAAACGUAAAAAUUAG